GGGGCUGGGCCGGGCUGGACGGCCAGGGGCGAGGUGUGCGGUUUAGCGGGCUGGCCAUCCCGGGGGCCCUCCUGAUGCAGGUGUGUGUGUGGAGAGAUGGCGUCCGAAGCGCAGGUGUGGCUGAUGGUGAGCGAAGCUCAGGAGCAGCGAUGUCCGUGCAGGUGGCGACCCCUGGAAACCCAGGGCUGGGCCCAGAGCGCCUGAGCCCCGAAGAGCUGGUGCGCCAGACGCGACAGGUGGUCCAGGGGUUGGAGGCCCUGCGGGCGGAGCACCAUGGCCUGGCCAGGCACCUGGCAGAGGCCCUGGCAGGGCAGGGCCUGGUGGCCGGCUUGGAGCUGCUGGAAGAAAAGCAGCAGGUGGUGAACCACGCGCUGGAGGCCAUCGAGCUGGGACUGGGGGAGGCCCAGGUGCUGCUGGCCCUGUCGGCCCACGUGGGCUCCCUGGAGGCGGAGAAGCAGCGGCUGCGCGCGCAGGCCCGGCGGCUGGCCCAGGAGAACUCGUGGCUGCGCGAGGAGCUGGAGGAGACGCAGCGACGGCUGAGGGCCAGCGAGGAGGCCGUGGCACAGCUGGAGGAAGAGAAGAGCCACCUGGAGUUCCUGGGGCAGCUGCGGCAGUACGACCCGCCCGCGGAGAGCCAGCGGCCUGAGUCCCCGGCGCGCCGCGACAGCCUGGCCUCCCUGUUCCCCAGCGAGGAGGACGACAGGAAAGGUGCUGGGGCAGCGGGGGCCGCAGCCGCUCAGCAAGGUGGCUACGAGAUCCCUGCCCGCCUUCGGACCCUGCACAACCUUGUGAUCCAGUACGCAGGACAGGGCCGCUACGAGGUCGCCGUGCCACUGUGCCGCCAGGCCUUAGAGGACCUGGAGCGGAGCUCAGGCCACUGCCACCCUGACGUGGCCACUAUGCUCAACAUCCUGGCGCUGGUGUACCGGGACCAGAAUAAGUACAAAGAGGCCACCGACCUUCUCCACGAUGCCCUGCAGAUCCGGGAGCAGACGCUGGGCCCUGAGCACCCCGCGGUGGCCGCCACCCUCAACAACCUGGCUGUGCUCUACGGGAAGCGUGGGCGUUACCGGGAGGCCGAGCCGCUGUGCCAGCGUGCCCUGGAGAUCCGAGAGAAGGUCCUGGGCACCGACCACCCAGACGUGGCCAAGCAGCUCAACAACCUGGCCUUGCUCUGCCAGAACCAGGGCAAGUUCGAGGAGGUGGAGCAGCACUAUGCCCGGGCCCUGAGUAUUUACGAGGCCCUGGGGGGCCCCCACGACCCGAACGUGGCCAAGACCAAGAACAACCUGGCCUCGGCCUACCUGAAGCAGAACAAGUACCAGCAAGCGGAGGAGCUGUACAAGGAGAUCCUCAGCCGGGAGGACCUGCCGGCCCCGCUGGGAGCCCCCCGCCCAGGCACCGCUGGGGACGCAGACCAGACCCUGCGGCGCAGCAGCUCGUUCUCCAAGCUCCGUGAGUCCCUGCGGCGUGGAAGCGAGAAGCUGGUGUCCCGUCUCCGAGGCGAGGCGGUGGCUGGCGCCGCAGGAAUGAAGCGAGCCAUGUCACUCAACGUGCUGAAUGUGGACGGGCCAAAGGCUGCAGGGACCCAGUUCACCGGCCAGCACCUGAGGGAGGCCGCUCGGACCCUCAGCACCAGCACCCAGGACCUGGGCCCCCGGUGAAGCUGCCAGACCACACACUGCCGCUCCUCGGAGGGAGGGGUGGCCCUUCAUCUCCCGGAGCUGCUCCCCACCCCUUGGGGGUACGCCAUUGUGUGGGCUUUGCCGCUCUCCUCCUGCGAUUAAAGGCCGUAGAUCGGGAA